AUGGCAACUACGUACGGAUAUGUCGACCCAAACUUCGUCAACCCUGGCGGGAAAUGGGACACGCCAGUCAUUAUCUACGGCUACACUCCAUCUUUCGUCCUUACAGUUCUCGCCGACGUCCUCUUCUUCAUCCUCCUCAUCGUCCACACGUGGCAGAUCAUCCGCUACCGCAGCUGGUACUUCGUCACCUUCCCGAUCGGCCUCCUAUUCGAAAUCGUCGGCUACGUAGCCCGCUCUCUCUCCGCCAAAGCCAACCCCUAUAACCUCAUCUACUUCAUUCUCAACUACUUCUUCAUCGUCACGGCACCGGUCUUCCUUGCAGCCGGCAUCUACACGAUUCUGUCCGCACUCAUCAACCGUCUUGGGCGACAGUUCUCGCCUUUACCGCCCAAAGUGGUCUUGUGGUUCUUCAUCACCUCGGACGCCAUCGCAACCAUCACGCAGAUCUCGGGCGCCGCUUUGAUCGGAGUCAAGCAGUCGCGUCGCGAGGACCCUACGACGGCCAAUAACAUUUUGCUUGGAGGACUUGCCUACCAGGUCUUCUCAAUCGGGUGUUUCGUCAUCACUACGUCCAUAUUCCUCUUCAGAGCUCGAACGGCGAUCAAAGAACAUAGGCUUACCACUUUCGUGGCUGUAUUUUCGGCGGCGACGUUGCUGGUUUACCUGCGUACCUGCUUCCGUCUUGCCGAAACUGCGGAAGGUCUUGGGGGUUAUCUUUACUCGAAUGAGGUUUUCUUUGGCGUGCUUGAGUUUGCGCCCGUGGUGUUGGCGGUGAUAUUGCUUUCAAUCUGGCACCCGGGGAGAUGUGUAGCAAAGAAGGUCUCCGGUGGCAUUGAUGAGGCAGAAAAGGCUAGAGUAUGUAGUCGUGAGUCUAUUCAAAAAUAG